GCGAAGUAAUCUGUUAUUGACUGUCGCUUUGUUUCCUGUUUCGUAUUAUUUUUUUUCUUUUCGGGACACUCUUUGUCGGAAUCUGUGCGUAGAUGUCGUGAGGUAGUAGGCUAAUGCUACGCACGUAUAUGCCGGAAUAUUUCCGUGAAGAACCACGCGCGAAUCGUGGGAAUCGAGUUCUACGAGAAGAAGCGGAAAGAGGAAGGAGCCGCGGGAAUUGUUCGGACAUUGCGUUCUCGUUUGUUUCCAUUUGAGAAAUAUGCACAAAGUAGGCAAACUCAGCUCGUCGAUUGAUAUCAUACCGUUGCAAGGCUCGAGCGAGAAUUACAGACAGAGAUAUUUGAAUAAUAAGGACAGAAUGCAUCCGAGAAUGUUUCGGGAUCAGACGUUAAUUGGUCGUGUGCAAACGUAUAUGCAUGAAAACGAGAACAGAGUGUACAUUGACGUUCUUGAGAUGGCAGAUGCGUUGCAAAGACGAUAUCCGGAUUAUCGACAUAAAAAACGUAACGCGUUUCGCACGAUGGUGCGCAAGGCUUACGACGAGCUCACUGAGAUGUUUUCGCAAAAGCCUGCCAAUCAACAAGACACCUGCUCCGUAUUCGAUGACGAUGAAGAUUUUGAGGAUGUCGAUAAUGAGUCAGAUUCGCAACAUGCUUUAGUAGGUGAUACCAUAUUGCGUAUGUAUCAAAGACCGCAUGGCAAACAAAAUGGGAAUUCGAGCGACAAAGAAUUGAUAGACAUCAGUAGCGACGAUGAUGUGUCUAAGGUUGAGUCUAAGAACGAAAAAGAUUUGAAGCAACCCGAUUCUGUAAUUGAGGAAUCUCUGCAAGCGUCGUCAACGGAAGUUGCAAAAUCGGCAACUUCGAAGCCAGAGACAUCCGCUUCAAAAUCUACGUCAGUAAAUGUAAAUUCCAAAUUAGAAUCAUCUGCGCCGUCACAAAUGACCGAUAAAGAGAAGCCAUUUGUUGAAUCUACGAGAAAACGACCGAGAGAGAAGGAGAGCGAUGGACAAUCUUUUAAUACAAAAAAACUGAGAGUUGUACCUGUCACAGAACCAAAACACACAUUUUCUGAUGUAGGGGGUUGUGAUAAAGUCUUGAAAAGUGUCUGCAAACUGCUGGCCCACAUGAAACAUCCCGAAAUCUUCAAACAGCUCGGUGUGUCUCCACCGAGAGGAUUUUUGCUUCACGGGCCACCUGGAUGUGGAAAAACAUUGCUGGCACAUGCCAUUGUGGGAGAAUUGAACAUACCUCUGCUAAAAGUAGCUGGACCCGAAAUUGUAGCCGGAGUGUCUGGUGAAAGCGAGGCUCGUAUCAGAGAUUUGUUCGACCAAGCUUUGACUCUUGCGCCAUGUGUUGUUUUCUUGGACGAGAUAGAUGCUGUUGCUCCACAUAGAGCUCUAGCGCAAAGAGAAAUGGAAAGAAGAAUUGUCGCACAACUGUUAUCAAGUUUAGACGAAUUGAAUCUCAGAGAAAAUGGAGAUAGAGUACUGGUGAUUGGUGCGACAAAUCGACCAGAUUCAUUGGAUCCCGCUUUGAGAAGAGCCGGACGUUUUGAUCGCGAAGUGUGCCUUGGAAUACCAGACAGAGACGCGAGAGCCAAAAUUCUAGCGGUGCAUACUGAAAAACUUGCUCUGGCUCCUAAUGUUAGUUUGACGACGAUAGCGUCUCUUACUCCAGGUUUUGUAGGCGCGGAUUUAGUUGCCUUAAUCAGAGAAGCUGCCAUGGCUGCUGUGGAUCGAGCAUUUGAAGAUUUAAAUAGACCAAAAAAGGAAGAAAACUUACCGGCGAUAACCGAAGGCAACGAACAGACUGAGAAAGAAGAUCAAACUGUUCAGGAAGAUUCGGGAAAUGUAAUUAAUACUAAUGUCGCAACAUCAACUUCUUCUGCAACAUCUAGUGUGGAGAUACCAAGUACUACCGCGUUUUUGGAACAACCUAAAAACCAGGAAAACGCUGAAAUGGAUGUGAUACAAGAAAACUCGUCGGAUGUGGCGAGCUUGUUGGCUUGGCUGCGAAGCGAGCCUCCGCUUCCGCCGGAACGCUUAGCAAAUUUAUACGUUGAGCACAGUGAUUUUGAGGCUGCGUUGCAUGUUGUCCAACCCUCAGCGAAAAGAGAAGGCUUCGCAACAGUUCCUGAUGUAUCGUGGGACGAUGUUGGCUCUCUACAGGAUAUUCGACAGGAGUUACAAAUGGCUAUUCUUGCCCCGAUUAAACAUUCUGAACACUUUAAUGCGUUAGGUUUAACCGCUGCGAGCGGAGUAUUAUUGUGCGGCCCACCUGGCUGCGGAAAAACAUUAUUAGCCAAAGCAAUUGCGAACGAAGCUGGUAUUAACUUCAUUUCCGUUAAAGGUCCUGAACUUCUAAACAUGUACGUCGGCGAAAGUGAAAAGGCAGUCCGUCAGUGUUUUCUAAGAGCAAAGAAUUCGAUACCAUGCGUUAUAUUUUUUGACGAGCUGGAUGCUUUGUGUCCCAAGAGAUCGGAAGGCGAUAAUUCCGCAACGUCGCGUGUGGUCAAUCAAAUGCUUACAGAAAUGGAUGGCGUGGAAAGUCGACAGGGAGUGUUUAUCAUGGCCGCUAGUAAUCGCCCCGACAUCAUAGACUCAGCUGUUUUGAGGCCAGGGAGAUUAGAUAAAAUUUUAUACGUCGGUCUCCCAACAGCUUCGGAUCGGGUUGACAUUUUACGAGCAUUAACGAAGAAUGCAACGAAACCAAAGCUUGCUGCGGAUGUCAAUUUAGAACAGAUUGGAUAUAACGCCAAAUGCGAGGGUUAUACCGGAGCAGAUUUAGCGGCUUUGAUAAAGGAGGCUGGUAUGGAAGCGUUGAAGGAAAUAAUAGACGGUUAUGGACAGCCGGAAAUUUCGAUGCGGCACAUCUUUCUGGCAUUUGACAAAGUCCAACCGUCAGUUCGCGAAAAGGACAUUAAACAUUAUGAAAAGCUGAGCAAGAUGUAUUCGGUCAAAAAGAACUCCGACAUUACACCUAUGGAAACACCGAUAGACACACCGAUAGUUGACGUAGUAAUGGAACCAAUGGAAACUUAAAGUACAAAAAAGUGAAAAACUCUUAAGAAUACAGAGAAAAAAAUCGCUAUAGAACUCUUCCAUUACCAACACUAACUAGAUCAUUUAGACUAGACUUUUUACACAUCCGGGACAUAAAAAGUAUUUCUUUUAGGCGCGUAAGUUUUCAUUGUCGGAUAUAUAUUUCAACAACAUGGAUUUGGAUUUAAUAAUUGUAAUGUUACUCAUUAUUAUCUUUUGAGAUGUUUUAACGCUUCAAAUAAUUAAAGUAUUUCUAGAAAAGAUUGUUAUUUUCUAAUGUAAGUUAGAUAUACACGGAGGGUGGUCAAAAACAAUAAGAAUGUGAACAAUCUUAUUUCUUCUAUAUAAUAAUACAAAACUGUCUCUAAACAGCAACUUAGGUAAUCUCAACAAAAAAAAAAAGGAAAAAGAAAUCAAACAUUUGCGAGAAAGACUAUUCACAAAAUUGUACAUGUCUAUUGUAAGAAUUGUAUUGAGGAUAAAGUCUAUCGUGUCGUAUAUUAAUAAAAAAGCUUGACUAUGUAACAAAUGUAUGUGUACGCUUCUGUUAUUUUUUGUCCACCCUCUAUAAAAUGUACGUUGUGUGUUUAAUAGAAUAUAAGAAUCUUUAUAUACUGAAUUUUUCAAUAAGGUAAAAAAUUAAAAUAAAAGCUUGAUCUCAAUAAAAUUUGUAUUGAAAGUCAAA